GAAGCAGAAAUCGAGAUGGAAGGACAGUUUUUAGUAAGAUUAAUUUACGAAGACGAAAUGACUUAUAAUAUUGUUGCUGCAGCAGAGAAAGUGUUACAAAUUCCUGCAGCAGAUAUUUUAGAAUUAUUUGGAAAGAUGUUUUUUGAUUUUUGUCAAGAAUCGGGUUAUGAUAAAAUUCUACAAGUAUUAGGAGCUACUCCUCAUGAUUUUCUACAAAAUUUGGAUGCGUUACACGAUCAUUUAGCUACGAUUUAUCCAGGAAUGAGAGCACCAUCGUUUCGUUGUACAGAAAAUCAAGAAGACGGAACAUUGAUUUUACAUUAUUAUUCAGAAAGAGAAGGCUUGGAACCAAUCGUUAUUGGAAUCGUAAAGGCUGUUGCGAGUAAAUUACAUAAAACUGAUGUAGAAGUUGAGGUAGUAAAAAGUAAAAAAGAUGAUUGCGAUCACGUUCAGUUUGCCAUCAUAGAAAAAGGUGAUAAAAAAUGUACAGCUGAACCAGAAUUAGAAGAAUUCGAAACUAUGUCCUUAGAAAAUAAAAUAAGUCCAGCAACUUUCUGUCGUGCUUUUCCUUUUCAUAUAAUGUUCGAUCGAAAUUUGGUUAUUAAACAAGCUGGAACAUCUGUGGCUCGUGUUGUACCAGCCUUAUCACAACCAAAUUGCCUCGUUACAGAUGUUUUUGAUAUGGUUAGACCUCACAUGGAAUUUAAUUUCGAUGCCAUUCUAUCACACAUUAACACUAUCUUUGUCCUUCGCACCAAAUGCAUGGAAGGAAUGGAAAAUGAAAACGAGCAUUCCAGAAUUCGUCUCAAAGGUCAAAUGCUUUACAUAUCAGAAACGGAGUUGAUUUUAUUUCUCUGUUCACCAAGUGUAUUAAAUUUGGAUGAUUUGUACAGAAGGGGAUUGUAUCUGAGCGAUAUACCAUUACACGAUGCUACUAGAGAUCUGGUACUGUUAUCGGAACAGUUUGAAGCUGAAUAUAAAUUGACAAAAAAUUUAGAAAUAUUAACUGAUAAGUUACAACAAACAUAUAGAGAAUUAGAAGAUGAAAAGAAGAAAACUGAUAGGCUCUUAUAUUCGAUUUUGCCACCAAGUGUGGCUAACGAAUUGCGUCAUCAUCGCCCUGUUCCUGCUAAAAAAUACGAAGGUGUAACUAUUUUAUUCAGUGGCAUCGUUGGAUUUAGUCAGUAUUGUUCUAAAAAUUCAGAUUCCAAAGGAGCAAUGAAAAUUGUCAAGCUCCUGAAUGACAUAUACACAACUUUUGACGUUCUUACAGAUCCUAAAAAUAAUCCUAACGUAUAUAAAGUUGAAACCGUUGGUGAUAAAUACAUGGCUGUUAGUGGAUUACCUGAACCUUGCAAGACACACGCGAAGUGUAUUGCUCGUUUGGCAUUAGACAUUAUGGAUUUAUCUAAAAAUAUCAGGACUGAAGAUGGAGAAUCUAUAAAAAUCACUAUUGGGAUUCAUACAGGAGAAGUAGUAACAGGAGUGAUUGGUAAAAGAAUGCCAAGAUAUUGCCUCUUCGGUAACACGGUAAAUCUAACUAGUAGAACAGAAACAACAGGUGAACAAGGAAAGAUUAAUAUCUCUGAAGAUGCUUACAGAUGCUUGCAGCAAUCUGAAAAUCACGAUCCAGAAUUUCAUUUUCAAUACAGAGGACCAGUUCAAAUGAAGGGUAAAAAAGAACCAAUGGAAGUUUGGUUCCUUUCGNUCUUCCUUUUCUCAUUAUAUAACUUAAUCACUAACAGUAGUGCUGUUGGUAAUCUGUUAGUAGUCCAGUCAGUAGAAGGGCUCACCAAUGAACGAGGUGUUUUUAGCAGAGAAAUGAUCAAUAAAUUAAAGGGAAAUUUAUUGAUGAAGAGAAAUAAAGUAUCAGAUGCAUUUCUCAUUGAUGUAAUGAUCAAUGAGAAAUGCACUCAAGAAAUUUGCUGUUAUUGCCAUCUGUAUCCAUUUUUUCAAAUAUUGAAGUUCUUUGGAAUUGUAAUUGUAUAUCCCUGUUCCUCUAAAGAAACAUUGAUAGAUCCUUACUACAGAAUGUAUCAGAAUGUGAUACUGAUAGCUCCUUACUUCAUGUUAAUAUUAGUUUUUCAUCUUAAUGAAAAAGUACAGCGGUAUGCCAUCAGGAGUCAAACUAUGGAACUGUUCCGUAAUCGUCAAGAAAUUCGUAUUAAGAGGUUUAAGUUCUUUAUAUUCUUUAUUUUCUACACUUAUGCACCUUCACAACGUGAUGGAAAAUAA